AUGUCGAAGGCGAGGCAGAUGAAACUCCAGCAGGCGGCUUCCAACCGCCGCCAACACCUGCUCAAAACCAAUUACGCCUCCUCCAGGAGGACCCGCCUAGGGGAGGUCGUGGGAGGCACCGCGGCGGAGUGCGCCGUUGUGUGCUGCUGCUGCCCCUGUGGGCUCAUCAAUCUGCUGGUGCUCGCAUUGUACAAGGUGCCGGCGGGGCUGUGCCGGCGAGCCCUGAGGAACAAGCGGCGGCGCAAGCUGCUCAACGUGGGGUUUCUACCGCAGAGGCGGCGGCGCUGCAAAUGCGGGUGCGAAGAGGUCGAAAUUCCAAUUCACCCAAUCGGCUGCGAGGACACCUUCUCCGACAUAGAGUGGCGGAAAUCGGAAGAGUGGGAUAAGGGAGCGAUGGAGCUGGAGAAGGAGAUGUGGGAUAUGUUUGCCAGUACUGGGUUCUGGAGGAGUCCUUCCAUGAGAGAAUGUCCUCAAAAUCCGAUUCCUUCUCUGAACUCCACCGAUUCCCUCCUCCAGCUAACUUCAUCCCAACCCGAUUGUCGUUGAGGUCAUCGUUGUCGUCUUCACAACAACUAGGGUUUUCAUCUUCUUUCUGUGGGAUUUGUGUGUUUGUUAUCGAUUGAAUUUUGAGUGCCUGUGAGGGGUUAUUGUGGAUUGGGGGGACUCCGAGUGGGGGUUAUGGAAUGCAUUUGGGUGGGUUUGAAGGGUCAACCUGGAUACCAUGAUUUCCUUGAUUCAAGAAAUUUGAGGCCCUGUGUAAAUAUCUGGAAAUUUCCUCUGGGUGAAGUGGAUUCAACUUAAGACGCCGAUUAUUGGUUGGUGUUUCGAGGGGAAUGCAGAAAUGCAUCCAAAUCCAGCCAUUACUCAACUCAAUCAUUCUUUCGACGAUUAAACCGAGUGCAAAACAUGCAUUAUGGGAUCUUGCUUUUUGGAAAUGAUGUAACAUAUUCGAAAUCCAA